ACAUUAAACGUCAAUUCUAUCUUCAUUCUUGUCAAUGAAAAUGUUACAACACUGAAAUUGUAGUGAUGUUAGGUACUAAAGUACCAAAAUACUAUUUAAUUAGUAAGAAGUAAUGUUAAAUGUUAUCUAAGAAACUAGUACUAAAAAUCUAUGACAGUUAUUUAAAAUGUUAUCCACAUAUAUGUAUUAUGAGAUUUAUGAACUCUGAGAAGAAGGUUAUAUAGGACUAUUGAUAAUAUAUAUAUAUAUAUAUAUAUAUAUAUAUUUAUAUUUGUAUAUUUAUGAUUUGUAUUUGAAUUAAACGUUAUAAAAUUGUAGUAGUAUGAACACAUUAAUGAGAAAAAUUGUCAUCUCAUUGAAUAAAUUGCCAGUAAUAAAGAAACAUGCUGGCAUUCAGUUGACAAUUGUUAGUAAUUUUCAUAAUCAUGACAUUUUGCAUGUCAAAAAUGAGCCCAAUGUCGAUGUUACGCCGCAUCAUUUUAAUGUGCAAGUGAAAGUAAAAGAAACUUUCUUGGAAAUCAUACGUAUAUACAAGAGGAAUGAUUCCAACAGGAAAGCGCAAUUGGAAUUCAUACAAACAGCGUUGAAGUACAUGGACGAAUUUGGCGUACAUCAGGACAUUGAGGCUUACAAGGCAUUGCUUGAUAUAUUUCCAAGAGGGAGAUACGUACCUGAAAAUAGAUUUCAAAUUAUGUUUUAUCAUUAUCCAAAACAUCAAGACACAGCUCUGCGAAUACUCAACAAAAUGGAAGAGAAUUUCGUGAUACCCGAUUAUGACGUGCAGAAAAUGAUCGUGGAGAUAUUUGGUAAAAAUACUCUGGUUUUAAAAAAGUGUUUCAGCAUGUUCUAUUGGCAACCAAAGUUCAGUCAAUUGAAUCCUUGGCCCGUACCGCGACCCACGCCAACAGAUCCAAAAGUACUCGCCGAAUAUGCAUUAAAAAAGAUAUCUAGUGUAGAUGUACAAGCUAAUGUCACUUUAUACAGGACAAAGGAUGUACCUGACGCGAUUGACGAUACAUGGAUCUUGUCGAGUAUGAGUAAAUCACAGGAAGAACUUCUCGCUGUACAACCAACUGAUAAAUCUUUGAUGGUGGAAGGACCUUUCCCAGUCUGGGUUGCUGAUUAUUAUCUGAAUUAUUUUGUAUUAAGGGGAGAUCCAAUAAAGAGAGAGGUCAUUUACGGAGAGUAUGAUGAUGUAUCUAAUAUGAAAAUUCCAUUUUGGGAAAGACACAACUUCAAAAUACCAGUCACCAUUCACGAACAGGAUGAUGGUGUAUAUUACGCAAUGUGCGCUUCAGGAACAUCCUCCAAAGAUUCCCUAUUGUCGUGGAUAAGAUGCUUGCAAAAAACAAAUCCUAUUUUGGAAAAGAUACCCAUAGUAUUUAAACUGAGAUCAUUGACAAAUAAACAAUUGAGCAUUAAAAACGAUGUAAAGAAACAAAUAUUUCAAAACGCAGAUACAACUGGAAAAUAGUCUGUCAGUAUAUGUUAAUAAAUUCAAAUUAUAAAUAAAUAUGUUUCUACAGAAA